CUUAUCACUUACAUCUUUCUUCUCUGCAGUUCUCCAGAGAGAAGACAUCAGCUGGGAGCAUAAACCUCUCAGCCUUGUAUUGUUAGCAUCAGGCAUCACAAUAUACAGAAAGAAUCAUGGACCCUCCUAACAACACCUCUCGACCCCAAGAACCCCAAGGACCCCAAGUCACCGUCCCCAAGGAAAACACUCCCCCUCCGGCAUACACUCCAAGACGGAUCCCUUCCAAUAUUGCUUCUUUAGCAACACAACUUCUUGAAGUACGAAACUCCAUGGCCAACGCGGCUGGCCGUAUUCAAGAGCGUCAAACGGCCACCAUGAACACACCACUUUCUAGCACGGUCAUGGCCUCUGAUGAUCAAGAUCAAGAUGAGACAUCCGAGACUAGUUCACCAAUCAGCCUACGUAUCAACACUUCCGUCAAUGUGUCACGUAGCAACAACGUCGUCUGCUUGACUGCCACUCCCGCAGAGCAGGCCAAUGCCAUCGCCAAAGCAGUUGUUCAAGCUUUGCACGAGGGGAGCUCUGGACGCUGCGGCAUUCCCAUGAUCGAUGAGUCAGGCUGUCCCCGGCCAUUGAACAUUGAGGUCGAUGCUGGCCUCGUCGUUGAAGGCACAGGCAACGUCAUUGGAACCCGAGACAUCAUCGGUGAACUACUUCAGAAGCGCGGUACAUCUUCACUCCGACGAUCUCGUGAUGAGGUUGAGGAUGAAGACGAAGAAUUUGCACCAGCAAAGAGACGACGCUCAUGUCGAUAAGCUGGGCAGGAUAUAUCCUUGCAUAUUGGCACAAGUUCCACGAGACUUUGGUCCCGUUCGAAUUUAUUGUAGAUAACAGCUUCAUAAGCUGAUCAAAGAUCAUCCAUGCAAAGACAAUUUUAUAAGAGAGGUCAAAAAAGUAACUCGUUGAUGUUUUCAGCGAGUGUGGUGAAGGAGGGAUGACAUAUACGCAAGCGUUUCUUAUGCUUCAGCCUUAGACUCCUGUUUUGAGGAUAGCAGUUUUUGUACUGAACGAGAUUUACGGCCUUUUUGAUGAUGGUUAUAAGACGCAUGGGGUUUUGGGAGUUGGUUAAUACUUUGGUACAACCCGAAGGAAGGGAUGGCAACACACGGACAUGUACUACAUAUGGACAUUCAAGGGAAGAGACAAGUCAUUAAGCCACUUCCAAUUUCUUGU